GUUCGAUUCUGGCUUUGGCAUUUGUCUUCUUAAUUUUAUAUAUUUUGUUUAAAAUAGUAUGUUUAACGUGAUCGUAUGUGUCGCACCGGGCGGUUUACGGGUUCAGUUUUUUGCAUUUCGUUCGUGUGUUCGUGUCUUGUUGAAAACCUUGUUUUACCUUGAAGGUGAUGUAUCAAAACAUCUUUUGUUUUAUUGUUAGUGUUUCCUGGUGAGGCGACAAUAUUCUCACGAACUCUUUAUACAAAUAUUGUGAUAAUGAGUGUUUCAAGGCGUCAGUUCAUGCGCCUUUUGAGGCUCCGCAAUCUUCUCAUGUUGACUUUAAUAGUGAUUUUGUUAUAUAUAGUGAAAAUGUUAGCCAAUUUCGAUGUUGAUAACCAAUAUACAAACCAAGCUUUGGAAGUGUUGCAAGUUCCACAGAGGUUUUUAAGUAAGAAAGAUUACUUUGUUCCAACAUCAUUAAAGAAAAUUGACUGGCAUGACUAUGCACUGAUAAACCAUGAGAGGAAACGUGUGGGGUUGGGUGAACACGGAUAUCCUGCGCAUUUACCGAAAUCGGAUCAUGAAAUAGAGAAAAAGCUUUAUGCAGUAAAUGGUUUUAAUGGUGCAUUGAGUGAUAAAAUACCGUUGAAUCGAUCUCUACCGGACAUCCGGCAUCACUUGUGCGAGAAGAAGCUAUACAUUGCGUCUUUGCCGACUGUCAGCGUGGUCGUACCCUUUCACAACGAGCAUUGGAGCACGUUACUGAGAACUGCGUACAGUGCGCUACUGAGAGCACCUGAUACUUUGCUUAAGGAAGUUUUUCUAGUCGACGAUGCCAGUACUAAAGAUUUCCUAAAGGAUAAGUUAGACGACUAUUUAGUGAAGAACAUGCCUAAAGUGAAGGUAGUCCGUUUGGAGAAGCGGUCUGGUCUGAUCACGGCUCGUCUCGCGGGAGCCAAGUUGGCGACAGCAGAUGUGUUGGUGUUCCUAGACUCGCAUACCGAAGCGAACGUCAACUGGUUGCCGCCACUACUAGAACCGAUUGCACUGAACUACCGCACAGUGACGUGCCCAUUCAUCGACGUGAUCGCUUACGACACGUUCGAGUACCGCGCUCAGGACGAGGGCGCGCGCGGCGCCUUCGACUGGGAGUUCUUCUACAAGCGACUGCCGGUACUGCCCAAAGACGAGGAGAAUAUGCCCGAGCCUUUCGAGAGCCCAGUAAUGGCUGGAGGGCUCUUCGCGAUAUCUCGUAAGUUCUUCUGGGAGCUGGGUGGCUAUGACCCCGGCCUGGACAUAUGGGGCGGCGAGCAAUAUGAACUUAGUUUUAAGAUAUGGCAGUGUGGCGGUCGCAUGGUGGACACCCCUUGUUCUCGAGUGGGACACAUCUACAGGAAGUUUGCUCCAUUCCCCAACCCAGGACACGGGGAUUUCGUCGGCAAAAACUAUCGUCGUGUAGCCGAAGUAUGGAUGGACGAAUACGCCCAACAUUUGUACGACAGACGGCCACAUUACCGUAAAAUCGACACUGGCGACAUCUCUGAACAAAAAGCGUUGCGGGAGAAACUCAAGUGUAAAUCUUUUAGAUGGUUCAUGACCCAGAUUGCCUUUGAUCUGACAGCCAAGUAUCCUGUUAAAGAGCCGAAUCCAUUUGCGAAAGGACGUGUCCGUCCAACGACUAACACGGGCCUGUGUCUGGACGCUCACCACGGCCAGGCGAUGGACAAGCUGCUGCUGAAGCCCUGCGCCACCUCACCCGACGCAGAGCAGGAGUUCAUCUUCUCAUGGCAUAAGGACAUCAGAAUUAAAUCAAGGAACUUUUGCUGGGAUUUACCAGAUUCAGCACCAAAGAGUCCGAUAAGACUGUUCUCGUGCCAUCUCGGAGGCGGUAAUCAACUGUGGAGGUAUCACAUGGACACGAAACAAAUAAAGCACGGCGGUGACGACCACUGCAUCGAGUGGAACGCGACAGACCGCGACGUGUACAUCAACCGCUGUGACGUCACGAGCGCCGCCCAGCGCUGGGCCAUCGACACCGUGGACCCCGACAUGAUGGCCAAGUGGAGUUCCAUGAGGACCAGGGUCACGGGGCCCGUGGAGGAUUACUAAACUACGGUGACACACAAUUUACCUGUUAAAGUUAAAAAAAAACCGAUAUAUUUUUACGUUAUGCUAAAACUGAAUAAUUUACUAAAUUAUGGGCGACAAUUACCUUUCAAAUUUUUUUUUAUGUUCUUUAGCCUUUUUGUGAGACAAGUGCGGUAGCAAUCUAUAGAGAAGACAAAACUUAGAUUUUCUUAUACGGUUUUCAAAAAAUAUAUAAGAAUUGUAAGGAUCAGAUUCCCAUGGCAAGAGGAACAUAAAGUAUCAUAGAAAAAUAACUAAUGAAUAUUACGAUGAACGAAGAAGGAGAUUAUUUAGGAUAGCUGUUGCCCGCGACUUCGUUCGUGUGGUUAGAAGAUAUAAGUUAUGCAAGCAUUUAUAAAUGCC